AUGGCCUGUCUUAAACUUGUUGUGUUGAGUGACCCGGGAGCCAAGUCACGCUGGCCUGUCACCAGCGGCCUUGGCUUGGCUGACAGUCCUCCACCCCAGAACCCGUCUGGGCUUCGCAUCCCUCCCUAUCCAACAACACCCGGCACCCAACUCGCCCACCAGGACCGCCAUCUCCGCAGACUGGUUAUUCCCACGAAACUUUGCCACCUCCUCAGGGCCGCCAAGUGCUUCACCCUGCGCUUCAGUCACAAGACUUGUCUGGUCUUGCUUGCCUCGCCGAAUUUGUCUGGUGCUGUUGCUCUCCCUUCGGCGUUAGCCCAUUCAACCCCCCCUCCACCACCUCCGCCGCCACCACCACCCGCGCCGUCACUAUCCUCCCAGCGAUAUACUAGAGCUACAAGUGCUUUUGCCCGGUUCGCACACCCUUUCAUUUAUGGCUCAAGGCCACCAAGCCCUCAGCCAACUGCUCCGCAGGAGGCGCUAGUUGUUAUACAUCCUCUACAUCCUACAGCGCGGCCUAGUCCGUCACAAAUAGUCACACUUAACACCAACGUUCAUAUUGCUGCCCUUGACAUUUCGCCCCAACAAACACAUGCCGUUGUCGCCGGGCGUGGGAUCCUCAAGACUAUCCGAGUAACUCCCUACAGUUGCGAGGAAGAAUUUGACCUGCGCGAGGCUAUUUUAUCAUAUCAUUCGAAUCGCCAAGUUUCAGCGGGCACCUUAUCUGCAAAACACAAGGACCAGCUUGCCGCGAAGGAUGUGAAGUGGUCUCAUGGUGAAUAUGACCGCAUAAUUGCUACAGCCGCUGCCAACGGACGCAUAGUUCUCUAUGACUUAAAAAGGCCAGGACUCGAAUUGGGCCGGCUCCAAGAACAUAAUCGCCAAGUUCACAAGUUAGCAUUCAACCCUCAUCGCGGGGCGUGGCUUCUGUCUGGUAGUCAGGAUGCGACUAUCCGGAUGUGGGAUCUGCGAAUGGUGUCGGGCGAGAGAGGGGCGAUGAGUUUUGGUAGUAAAUUUAGGUUCAAUGGCCAUAGUGAGGCUGUCAGAGAUAUUAAGUGGUCGCCGGUUGAUGGCGUUGAAUUUGCGACUGCUACAGAUAGCGGCGCUAUCCACCGCUGGGAUGUUCGAAAGGAUAAUGCCCCGCUAAUGAAGAUUAAUGCCCACGAAAAAGCCUGCUUUUCGAUCGACUGGCACCCGCACGGGAAACAUGUUGUAAGUGGCGGCACUGAUAAACAAAUUAAGGUAUGGGACUUUUCAACAACAGAUCGGAGACAGAAGCCAUCCUUCCAGUUUCGCGCUCCACAAGCUCUUCAUAAUGUACGAUGGCGGCCCCCUUCAUGGGCUUUGGAGAAUCAAGAAGUCGCAAACUGGCAGUCUACACAAAUCGUCACGUCUUAUGACCACGAGGAUCCUCGAAUUCAUAUAUGGGAUUUACGCAGACCUCAUAUCCCAUUUAAAGAGAUCGAUCGCUAUAAUCGUCCUCCCACUGAUCUGUUGUGGCAUUCAAGUGAGCUAUUAUGGACAGUGGACGGCGAUGGCACUUUUACCCAAACGGACAUUAAAUUUGCACCCCAAGUGAUAUCGCGCAGGAAACCUUGUGCUGUAGCAUGGAGCCCAAAUGGCGACAUUAUCACUGUGAACCACAAACGCCCGUCAAGGCGGGGGUUGAACAUGAAUUUAAGCCCGGCGGAAUUCCUAGGCCUCAAGACAGGAAAAACAAGUAGUAGCGAAAAAGGGACUACCAGCCUCAGCUUGACAGAUGAUGGCCUGGACGAAUCUGCGCUUUCGUCGCUAAGAAAAAGAACCAACAAAACUGCUUCCUCUAGAGGCUCUAAGUCAUUGAGCGGAACCCCCCCGAUGUCAGAAGACGGUCCUACUGUUAUUUCUCUUGAGAAAGCCAUUGCACAUAGCGGUGUGUUUGAGCCGAGUCAGAUUGGAGCUAUUGGUAACGUUUCCGGUGCAACGUUUGACCCGGAAACCUUUAGAUAUCUCGCUAAGCACUAUUCGUCUCUAAUGGGGAGUUCGGACUGCAAAAAAUCGUCGUCUAGCUUGUUGGAAAGCGUGCAGAUGAGUUUUGAUAACAAUGCAGAAUGCGCGGAGGAUGUCUCGUUAUACACGCUGGCUCAAACGUGGAGGAUAAUUCAAUAUGCUGUUGUCCAUGAGUUAAAGGCUAGGGCAGAGCAUCGUGCGUCUGCCCAGGAGAAUAAAAUCGAGAGCAUAAAAGAGAGCACAAAACCGAAAAUAUCAGAAAAUGAAAAUUCUCUUGACAAAUCGCAAACUUUGGAAGAACCUAUUCCUGACAAGCUUAAAAGCCGCCUGUUCAAAGGCGUGAUGGAGGCAGAGGGGACUCCCCGUGCACCGACAGACCAUGAAAGCACGUCGAACAUGACGACUCCUCUCGCUAAGCCGUUACCUGACUCUCCUCGUGUCGAGGAAAGCAACGGCGACAGAUACCAGGGUUCAGAUUCAGAGCAUGAGUUAGAAAACAUCCAACUACUACCGCCAUCAGUGUUAAGCUCCAAUGGAGGGGAAGCUUCCCAACGGAGACCGUCGCAAGAUGGCUCGGGCGUUGAAAUAGAAUCAUUUAUUAAUAAUGAGCCGCGUCGGCCUAGGGCGCAAGGGUCGCCCAGGAGCUUGUCACCAGAUCGUUUGUCCAGGCGAGACUUGAACCUUAUAGACUUAUUCAGCGAAUGUCGAUCCGCACCUCGUGCUAUUGCUGGCAGAGCAAACUGGCGUUUGCACGACCUCCGCGCCUAUGAAAAUCGUGACUUUGAAGAGGAAGAUUAUGACCAAAAGGUCGAGGAGAAAAGGGCAGCUCUGAGGGAUUACAAAACCUUCCCAAAGAAGUUCUGUCGCUUGACACUCCUUCACAUGAGCAUCUUAUCAAAGCUCGUCUGCCCAUUUCUUACACGCGUCAUGAUUCCGCAGACAGCUUUCUAA